AUGCUGUCCCCCACAUACGCGAGCCUCUGUAAUAGGGACUACGUCCCAGCCUACGUUUCACACGACGAGGAACAGCACGAACUGAAAUCGGAAGACCAAGAACACACUCCCCAAGACGACCCCUUACGUCCCAUCGACGUCUUCUCACGCAUCAACCUCCUCCCCUCGGCCCCGCCUACCCCGCCGCCCCGUCCGCGUCCCGGCCCGCUAGGGCCCCGCCCGGACGUCCCGACGCCGCCGCCAAGCCCGUGA